AUGGCCGGGCCUCUGCCAAUAUUUCCACUGGAGAUUUGGUUUAUGAUAUUCCAGUAUCUUCGCGACGAAGAAAGCCCCCAGCAUAUCAGCAGGCUCGCACAGACAUGUAAAUAUUUUCAUCGAGAACUCGAACAUGUCAUAUAUCAGCCCGUCCGACUAAAGCGGAUAGAGAAUGCUCGCCGUUUCGCCAAUACUGUGUCCAGUCGCCCAGACUUGGCAGCACUUGUUAAGGAAGUGCGACACUCCGAUGAUACCGGAUUUUCAGACUUUGCUGGCUACUCUGUCCCUUUCUAUCAAGCUCUCGUCAAAUUGCAAAAUCUGCAAACACUGGUCAUGAGAAAAACUCUCCGCCCGAGUGGAGACCCCACGCCACAAGCAGCACUACAAGACCUGCUUACCGAAAUUAACACCGAUGCCCAGGAUUCAUUUGUGAUGGAAUCAUGCUUGGAAGAUUUUCUAAUGCAGAUGGAAUCUCAAGGGUACCCUCUUGGCGAUGCGUCAGAUCCGUUCAGCCUUGGAUUCGAUCCUUGUGAAGAGGGCUUCUUGAUCAACGCUUGGGCGGAAGGGCUGUUCAAGUACACAUAUUUUACCCGAAGCAACCUGAAAGACUUGAUCCCCGCAUUGCGAACAUGUAAGUUUCCCGAGCUCAGGGCUUGUCGGAAGUAUCUAUUCUUACAAAAAAAAACAGGUCACAUUGGAGCCAAUUCGGAUUUCGACCCCUACUUAGAGGGGGAGGCGAAUCAGCCUAUCGUCGAGUUCAAUAACACAAUUUUUACCCUCCGCCAUUUAAAAAAGCUGUGCAUCACUGGUGCUAGAUUUCGGGAAUAUAAUUUGCUAGGUGAAACAAUCGAAAUUCCUCGCACAGAUCUGAAGGAGUUGCUGCUGCUCAACUGCCAAAUCGACGCUGAAGAGUUGGAGCUCAUCGUUCAGUAUCCACGUGCUUUGGAACGGCUGACCAUCAGACUUCCUGUGUCACUACAAUCUGCGUACGAGGAAGAUGAUUAUCUGUUCUUUUCUGAGGAGUUGAGCUUGCACCAAUCUAAAUCCUUAGAGUACUUAGAUGUAGACAUCUACGGUGGCGCAAGCUUUGGUCUCAGUCUCGAUUCCUUCGAUGUUCUCAAGGAAGUCAUAGCCACGCAUCAUUCAAUGCUUGGGAGUGAGGAGGGAGAGAUAGUCCUCCCACAUAAUCUUGAGAGACUUACCAUCCGAUACGAGCAAGGCACUCCUCUACCACUCAGUUUCCUGCUCGAAGUACUUGAGGAAAAAAUCCUUCCCAAACUACGCACUAUUCUGUGUCAAAUACCCGACAAUAUCUCCGAAGGUGUAACCAGCGACGACGUGUGCGCCGAAGUGGAGGUCUUCAAAUCUAAAUUCAAAGAUGUAGGGGUGGACCUAUCAGCAGAGCUCGUCUCGUAUCCCCUCACCAUGCCGAAAUAUGAUCUCUGUCCCUGUGAAAACUUAGCCUUUUAUCACCAAUUUCCAUUCCAUCCCCGUAUCGAGCCCCACCCAGAAAUUAUAUAG